CUCGGGUAUCUAUGUAUUUGGCGCGCAAACCCUACUUCAUCUUCUCCCACACGCUUCCAUUUUUUCCACUUUUCCUUCACUACUCGCUGCAGUUUUUAUUUUAGCACCUUCGCAAAACGCAUCAUUUCAACUUCACCCUUUUUUCAUCGAGUUCACUCCGAAAGGAACAUUUCAGAAUGAAGCGUGCGAGAAGCACAUACGAGUCUAGUUCUUCAAGGGUUUCGCCAUCUCUGGAAGCAGGAAUCAUCAAAAAACUUCGGUUAGAGAAUUUUAUGUGCCAUUCGAAUCACGAAACUCAAUUCGGAAGCAACGUUAAUCUCAUCACUGGCCAAAAUGGAAGUGGUAAAAGUGCAAUACUUACUGCAUUGUGUGUUGCAUUUGGUUGUCGAGCUAAAGGCACGCAAAGAGCAUCUACUUUGAAGGAUUUCAUUAAAACUGGUUCUAGUAAUGCUGUCAUCCAUGUUGAAAUUCAAAAUGAGGGAGAGGAUGCUUUCAAGCCUGAAAUAUAUGGUGAUGUUAUCAUUGUAGAACGUAGGAUAUCUGAAUCCUCAAGCUCUAUUACAUUGAAAGAUCAACAAGGGAAGAAAGUUUUCAGUCGAAAAGCAGAUCUACAAGAAAUCGUCGAACAUUUCAACAUUGAUGUGGAGAACCCGUGUGUGAUUAUGAGUCAAGAUAAAAGCAGAGAAUUUUUGCAUUCUGGGAAUAACAAAGAUAAAUUUAAGUUCUUUUACAAGGCCACACUUCUUCAGCAAGUCAAUGAACUUCUUGAAAGCAUUUCGGCUGAAAUAACUAAGGCACGUGUAAUAGUUGAAGAUUUAGAGGCUGCAAUAAGACCUAUAGAGAAAGAACUCAAUGAGCUGGAUGCCAAAAUUAAAAUGAUGGAACAUGUUGAACGAAUUGCUGUAGAGGUUCAGCAGUUAAAAAAGAAACUUGCAUGGUCAUGGGUUUAUGAUGUGGACAAGAAACUUGAGGAUCAAAGAGUAAGGAUUGAAAAGCUGAAGAGUCGGGUUCCUAUAUGCCAAGCUAGGAUAGAUAAACAACUGCAUCAGCUUGAAAAAUUAAGCGAAAGCUACUCUAGGAAGAAAGCUGAAAUUAAAAGUAUGAUGACAUCACAAGUUAAGCAAAUGAAGGAAAGUUUAAGUCACUCUUUGUCAUCGGCAAAAAAAGAAGCAUUUGAACUUCAGCGAGACUGCAAAUGCAAAGCUAGUAAUGUACAGAAGAUGGUACAACAGGUCAAAAAGCUUGAACUACAAAUGCAGGGUAUUCAUGAGCAGCAUGUGAAAAAUACCCAGGCCGAAGAAUCUGACAUGGAGGAAAAACUGAAGGGGCUUCGAGAGGAGGUUGAUGCAGCUGAGUUUGAAUUGAAAAGAUUGAAAAAAGAAGAGGAUAUAUUAAUGACCAACAUUGAUAAGCAAAAGGAAGAAAUAAGCAGUAUUGCUGCUAAGAUCCAAGAUCAUGAAAGUAAAUAUAAUGGUAUCAUGCAUAAUGUUCGUGAUCUUCAACGACAACAAAGCAACAAGAUCACUGCUUUUGGAGGAAAUAAAGUGCUGAGUCUGUUACGUAUAAUUGAGAGAUGUCAUCAAAGGUUUAGGAUGCCUCCCAUUGGUCCAAUUGGGGCCCAUCUGAAGUUGCAUAAUGGUAAUAAAUGGGCGGUUGCUGUUGAAUAUGCCAUUGGGAGAUUGUUCAAUUCUUUUAUAGUGACUGAUCACAAGGAUUUCCGACUUCUGAAACAAUGUGCAAAGGAAGCAGACUAUGGUCAACUUAAAAUUAUUAUUUAUGAUUUUUCAACCCCAAGGUUGAUGAUACCAGAGCGCAUGCGUCCUAAUACAAACCAUCCAUCAAUUCUUUCCAUCUUACAAUGCGAGAAUGACACCGUGCUUAAUGUCUUAGUGGAUCAGGGAAAUGUUGAGAGGCAAGUGCUUGUUAACGACUAUGGUAUUGGGAAAGUGAUUGCCUUUGAGAAAAGGAUCCAAAAUCUGAAGGAGGUCUUUACUGUGGAGGGAUAUAAAAUGUUUUCUCGAGGUUCGGUAGAGACAAUUCUUCCUCCAAGGAGGAAUCAAUUAUAUGGUCGUCUAAGUAGUUCUGUUGAAGCCGACAUUGAGAAACUUAGUAAUGAUGCAUCGAAUGAACAAAAAACAGCAAAUGACUAUAGAAGUGAUAAAAGAAAGGCAGAGGUCAAACUUGAGGAUCUGUACAAGAAGAUGAAUCCUAUAAAGAGAUUGUGUUUACAUGCUGGAAAAGAUGUUGCUUCUAAGAAGCUAACUUUGGAGGAUGAAAUGCGUCAACAAGCGACUGAAAGUAGCUCGGCACCUUUGUCCUCGGUUGAUGAGAUUGUUGAAGAAAUUUCAGAAAUAAACCAAAAAAUGAAAGAAGAGCAGGUGUUGUUAGAAGGCCUUGAGCAGAGGAGGUAUGAAGCAGAGGGAAAAGCAGAUGAUCUGAAAGUAAAAUUUGACGAACUGUGUGAAUCUGCGAACACUGAACUUGCUUCCCUUGAGAAAUCUGAGAAUGAACUUAUAGAGAUUGAGAGACAAAUAGAUGCAGCGACGGAGGCGAAGGAUCAUUAUGAAAAUUUCAUGAAAACAAAUGUCCUACAUGAUAUUAAGGAGGCAGAGGAACACUAUCUGGAGCUUACAAAAAGCCGUGAGGAUAAUGUUAAAAAGGCUUCCAUAAUUUGCCGUCAGGAUGACCUUGCUUCGCUAGGAGGUUGUGAUGGGAAAACCCCAGAGCAAAUCAGUGCUGAAAUAGAAAGUCUAAAUCACACACUUAGGCGUGAGAGCAAAAGGUAUUCCGAAUCAAUUGAUGAUCUAAGGAUGCUAUAUGCGAAAAAAGAACGAAAAAUUAUAAAAAGGCAGCAAGUUUACAAAGCCCUUCGACAGAAAUUGAAUGCUUGCCAUAAUGCUUUAGAGUUUCGAAGGAGAAAAUUUCAGACAAAUGCAACUAAUCUCAAGCAUCAGCUUUCUUGGAAAUUUAACGGCCUUUUGAAAAGGAAGGGGAUCAGUGGACUUAUCAAAGUUGAUUAUGACGAAACUACCUUAUCGAUUGAGGUACAAAUGCCCCAAGAUACAUCAAACAGAGCUGUUCGAGACACAAGGGGACUUUCAGGCGGGGAGCGCUCUUUUUCAACUUUGUGCUUUGCAUUAGCCCUUCAUGAAAUGACGGAGGCCCCAUUUAGAGCAAUGGAUGAAUUUGAUGUCUUUAUGGAUCCAGUAAGCAGAAAAAUUAGCAUGGACACUCUGAUUGAUUUUGCUGAGGCACAAGGAUCCCAAUGGAUAUUGAUCACCCCGAAUGAUACUAGCUUGGUGAAGGGAGGGAACAGGGUUAAGAAGAUGCAAAUGGCAGCUCCCCGUGCUUAUCAAAUGUGAUUUUCUUUAUUUAUGGCAGCUUGAAGUCCAUUUGCAAAAAUCAUAUUUUUUUUAUUCUCAAGCUGCAACUUUUUUGCUAAUUAUAUAUUAUUAUUUAAAAUUUGUGAUGUGUUAGGAGAGCUUGUUGAAGUAAGCAUAUAUUUAUGUCAGAUUUUUAAUUAAUGUAAAUAGUUAAAAUUAUUUCCAAGUUAUUCUUUUUCCA